GCCGGCAGCUUGGCUCUUCUGUGCAGCAGAACCUGCUCCACGGUCCAGCGAUGUCCUCAUCGCUGCUGGUUUCAUCAGCCGUCUUCUCUCCUUGGUGCCAACAUCUUUAUUGUCUGCAGGGUCUGGUCAUCUCCUGUACUGUGUCCGCAGUCUCUGGUCAUCUCCUGUACUGUGUCCGCAGUCUGUGGUCAUCUCCUGUACUGUGUCCGCAGUCUCUGGUCAUCUCCUGUACUGUGUCCGCAGUCUCUGGUCAUCUCCUGUACUGUGUCCGCAGUCUCUGGUCAUCUCCUGUACUACGUCCGCAGUCUCUGGUCAUCUCCUGUACUACAUCCGUAGUCUCUGGUCAUCUCCUGUACUAUGUCUGCAGUCUCUGGUCAUCUCCUGUACUGUGUCCGCAGUCUCUGGUCAUCUCCUGUAGUACAUCCGCAGUCUCUGGUCAUUUCAUAUACCAUGGUCUGUAGUCCAUUGGUUCAGAAUAUUUUUUUUCUUGUUUCCUCCUCUAAAACCUAGGUGCGUCUUAUGGUCA